GGAAAAGCUGUGUGUGUGAUUUUGUGAAAGCCUGUAGUCAUUCUGGCCUGGGAGUGAAGCUGAAGCUUUUAGGAGAUGAUGGCAGAUCCCUCAGUGCUGGAUCAGCUGACACGGCUGAAACUCAAACUCCUGGAAAAGAGACUAGAAAAUGAACAGGAGAACCUAGAGAAGAUGGAUUUGUCUCUCCCAGCUGCAAGGAACAGACUUCAGGACCUGCUCCAAAGUGCCCUGAGGCAAAGGAGAAAUCUGCUGCAGGAGCUCAGGGAGCAGCACCUUCUGGAAGAGCUUUCACAGCCACCUGCACCAGAUGGGGGACACUGCCAUGACCACAGAGCUGCCCUGCCACAAAUCUACCAGAUCCCUUUUCCAGCUUCUCCAGUGGAGCCACCAAGGAUUAUCCAGCAGACAAUGCCAGCUCAGCCUGCCACCAUCAUCCAGCAGCUGCCUCAGCCCUCCCCUGUGAUCACCCAGAUCCCCCCAGCCCAGCCCUUGGCAGCCCCCCGUCCUGGGAGCAUCAAGGAAGACAUGGUGGAGAUGAUGCUGAUGCAGAACGCUCAGAUGCACCAGAUCAUGAUGCAGAACAUGAUGCUGAAGGCUCUGCCGCCAGCCCUGCUCACACAGCCUGGGGGGGCAAUGGCUCAUGUCCCCCAGCAGAAGGACCUGCAGCUUGCUAUGAAAGCAGAGAGGCCCAAGGUGCCUGUGGUGCACCACCACCACCAUUACCCUCCCACGGGGGUGUUCCCAGUGCCCCCCAGCACAGAACAGCCCUGGAGCAGCACCUCUGCCCAGCCUCUGUGGCCCACAUACUGACAGUACAGGACCCUCUGCAAGUGGACCAGAGCCUUUCUAAAACCAAUAAAAUCCUGCUGUUCUUCCUCAGCCAU